AGAAAAUCCUUGCCGGAAACUUUGGUUCAUCGCCCCGCCCGUCCUCUUCGAUACCUUAACCGACCCCUUCUCCUCCUCUUCUGCUUCCUCGUCUCCCUUCUUCCUCUUCUCGCCAAUCUCACCUGAUCGAAACCCUAACCAUUUUGAUCAUCUCCAAUUUCUCGCCCUCCCCCAUCGCCAUGAGAAGGAGAUCGAUCCAGUCCACUUCUGCCGCAUCUUCAUCUUCCCGCCACUUCGAUCCUCCCACAAACCCGCACCCCCGCCGAACCCUAGAUUGGGUUCCGAUCAUAUGGCACCGAAUUCGCGCACUCCUUCAAGUCCUGGUGGCGGUGGUGCUAAGAAAGUUUUGGGGCUCUGUCCCGAGCCGCCCCGGAUCAACUUCGAACCGCGAGUCCGCCGAAGAUGAUCACAACAACACAUCCAUGGGUGAUCUCGAUCGUCUGCCCACCGAUGUCUUCGUGCAGGUACUGAAGCUCCUCGGGCCGAAGGAGGCCGCCAGGUCGGGCCUCGUGUGCAAGUCGUGGAAGGUUUUGGUGUCGGACAAUAGGCUCUGGGUCUUCUUCCUAACGCAUGGGAAGCAUCCAUUCGACACCGUGCUAUUUGCUGAGACGCACUUGAGAUCAGGGCCGAUGUUGUACUUUGAUCACUCGCAGCAAAUAUCCUUCAUGCACAUCUUUGCAGAACGUGCCAUAGUUUCAGGUGCCAUUAUUGUUGAUGGUGGAUCUGGUUAUUGCAAAUAUGGUUGGAGCAAAUAUGCUGCUCCAUCUGGACGUUGUGCAACAUUUUUGGAAUUUGGCAACCUGGAGUCUCCAGUGCAUUCAAGGCUUCACCAUUUUUUCUCGACAAUCUACAGCAGGAUGCAGGUGAGGGCAUCAUCUCAUCCAAUAAUUGUCUCUGUUCCAAUCUGCUACCCUGAGGAUACUGAAGCUGCCAGAGCAUCUAGGAGGCAAUUGAGAGAGGCAAUAUACUCGGUCCUGUUUGAUAUGAAUGCUCCGGCAGUUUGUGCCAUUGAUCAAGCUGUUUUAGCUUUAUAUGCAGCGAGACGGACUUCUGGAAUUGUUGUUAAUAUCGGUUUCAAUGUCACCUCAGUAGUCCCAAUUCUUAGAGGCAAGGUGAUGCAUGAAGUGGGAAUUGAAGUGUUGGCAUUAGGUGCUCUAAAACUUACUGGAUUUCUCAAGGAACUAAUGCAGCAGAGAAAUAUAAAUUUUCAGUCUCUAUAUACUGUUCGAACAAUCAAGGAGAAACUGUGCUAUGUGGCCUCUGAUUAUGAUGCAGAGUUGCAUAAAGAUACCAAACAAUCAUGUGAAGUUGCAAGUGAGGGUUUGUUCACCCUAUCAAAAGAAUGCUUCCAAACCGGAGAGAUUCUUUUUCAGCCACAUAUUGGGGGACUGCAUUCAAUGGGUUUGCAUCAAGCUGUAGCUUUGUGUAUGAACCACUGCUUAGCUGCUGAAGUUGCGACUAAUGAUGGAUGGUUUAAAACCGUCGUUUUGGCUGGUGGAACAUCAUGCUUACCAGGAUUGCCCGAGAGGUUGGAGAAAGAGCUCCACAAACUUCUUCCACCAUUAAUUUCUGAAGGAAUAAAAGUAAUUCCUCCACCAUAUGGCACUGAUUCUGCCUGGUUUGGAGCAAAGAUCAUCAGCAAUGAAACUACAGCAGGAGAGCUGAAAAAGACUGAUCCCUAUGGAAUUAAGAGAGCAACACACGUCACCAAGAUAUCACAGCUCUCUGGAAUUUUUGGCGGUUGCAGCUGGUUAGUCAAAUAUUUUUGUCAAGGCUGAAAUGGAGUGAGAAUGAUGCCACAGAUAAAGGAUCAAUUUGCCCUUAGUAAGUAGUUUGAUAAGGUUUCUGAAAAGGAGAGUUUAUACAGGAUGCGAGGGGAAUUGGGAGUGAGUUUCCCGGCACCUGAAUCCCAAAAGUGACCAUAUUAAGUUGGAUCAUUUGAUGCUUUCAGCCUAACAUCAUGUAAAAUCAGGUUGGGACAUACUGACUUCAAUGGGAUUUGUCAAUUUGCCCAGCACCUCCAUCCCAGGUCCAGCUAGAUUUUGUCAUUUUCCCUGGCUGGAGUUUAUAAAAAUCAACUUAAACUCAUCUAGUUUGGGCUCAUUUUGCAGCCUGGCCUAGUUGCACCGUAAUCAGAACUAUUAGCAGUAGUUGCAUCUUAGUCGCAUUAUUUAAAGCUAAUGACUAACAAUAACACUAGCAUCCUACAUGAAACAAAAAUGUAUUUCUGCACACUUCUGUUCUUUUGUUCACUACACGUAUUGCCUAUUUUCAUUCUGCAAGUUUCCUUGCGGAUAUUUUGCAUUAGCAUAUAUCUUCUCGAACAGGUUAUUGACUACUGAUAUU